AUGGAACCGCCAUCACCACCACAGUCUCGAGAAGAGGCGGAUGCUCAGCUACAGACCAUCGUACACGAUCGAGGCAUAGAAAAUGGGCAAGCUAAUAAAUUCACGGAGAAACAACUACGAAACGCCCUCCAGGUUCUCGCGAAAAAUCUGUAUUGCACGUCAACCCAUUUCAUCUUGGAGCUUCUUCAAAAUGCCGACGACAACGAUUACUCCAAAGCGAUUCAACGAGACUCACACCCAAGUUUUAGGCUGAGCAUCGAGAGCUGUAUUGACAACAGCGGCGAAAUUGUUCACUACUUGGAAACGGGAUGCAACGAAAAUGGCUUUUCUCUUGAGCAAAUCGACGCUCUCUGCGCGAUCGGAGAGAGCACAAAGAGCUUAUCGAAAGAGGUCCAUUCGGGAUAUAUUGGAGAGAAGGGCAUAGGCUUCAAGUCUGUUUUCAAUGUCGCAAAUGUAGUCUAUGUCUCGAGUGGGCUCUACAGCUUCAAACUCGACAAGACAAGGGACAUGCUGGGGGUUCUCCUGCCCCUCCCCGCGGUAUUUAUCAAACCUCAGCGCGAGUCUGAAAAUACAAGCAUGGCUCUUCAACUACUUGGCAAUAGCGAGUUGGAAAGGAUUGCCGUGGAGCUUACCAAGAUCAAACCCGAAAUACUGCUCUUUCUUCGCCGACUCAGACGCAUCGUUGUCCAGACACCGGAUGAGCAGGUUGACUACUUGGCUACAUACACAGAUCACGACACAGACUUCCACUGCGAAACGCGGACUAUUACCAUGCACACAAACAAUUCGGAGCCAGCGACGGAAACUAAGUACGUCAUUAUCCGAAAGGCAGUGGGAGACAUGCCAGAAGAACCUACAAGGAAAAACAUCGGCGUCUCAGAGGUUACUCUUGCAUUUCCGCUGGAGCAGGAUGGUAGCCCAAAGGUUCAAGAGCAGCCAAUCUUUGCAUUCCUGCCAGUUGGCCACUAUGGCUUCCAAUUUCUCAUUCAGAGCGACUUCAUUCUACUCGCGGAUCGGGAGCGCGUUCCCGCCGAAAACGCUUGGAACAACAAGAUCAGAGAAGCAAUUCCAAUUGCAUUCGAGGAGUCAGUCGAGAGAUUCAACAAAGGUGGAGGUAAACUGCGUUACUCCUGGCCACGGUACUUGGUGCGAUCUCCCUCUCACGAUGACUUUUGGGACGGUCUGGAAGAAUCCCUGAUCAGACAUCUUCAGUCUCGCCCAGUUCUUCAGAGUCGCGCGGGGAUUGAGGAUCUGCGAAAGCCGCAGGAACUCGUCUUCGUCUCUUCUGGAUACUGUCUGGAUGGAGUGCCUUUGAUCGACUCACCGAAACAACGUCACCGCCAUCUAGCAUCCGAAUACUCUCAGGAAGGAAAUCUACCCAAAGGUUUCAUGCGUCUGGGGAAAUGGCACAGUAAAGUGGCUGCUAUUCUCGUCCGCUCUGAGUCUUGGAAAGAGAGACUACGACGCUUGCCACUUGUGCCAACACUGGACGGGGAUCUGCUUCCUGCGCGCACGGCAGACCUAUACCUGGCGGCGAAGGCAGACAUCCAAGGUGCUCCUCAAGGCCUUGGCUUCUUCUUCGUGCUCCCCGAUGCGCGAUCCGAUGCCAAGAGAGACGCCCUCUUUGAAUGGUUAGGGAUCAAGAAGAUCACAUCGAACGAUAUUUGCAAUCGAAUUCUCCAAGACCAUAACAAACGGAAUCAUGGUUGGGACCCCCGAGGAACCGAGCGUCUCAUCGAAGACGCGUUCUACUUAUUCCACAAUCAUCGUCCGCAUUGGCUUCCAAAGAUGGACCUCUGGGUUGCUACCUCCAACGGAAACGAGGUUUGCCGCGCCGAUGCCGUCUACCUCAUCGACCCAAAGAUCCAACAUAACCUCAUUAGCAAGCACUCUUCUGAACCCAAGGCUUGCAUGAACGUGCUGCAUCCUGAUUACUUCAGUCGAGGCGAGAUCGCAGGUGAAGAACGCGCUGCCCAAAAAGGCGCCUUCAUUGAGUGGUUGAAGAACAAACACGGAGUCGCAACAUCGUUCAAGUUACUUGUCCGUGAUCAGUCCUCUUCGGAAGUCGUCCUUAGUCGCGAAAGUCGAUGGCUUCUCAAAAAUGACUCCAUGGGCUUCAUACAACUCUUAAGAGACGAGUGGCUUCGAAACGGGCUGUUCUUCGAAUACAGGGACUGCCUCUCAAUUCUGCACCCACAUGUCCAGGCCAUGACAGUGCCUUGUCGAGACGGGGUCCAACGGAAACUCCAGGACACAGCGGUACCAACCAAAGCUCUGCUCCUCCACUGUCCACAUCUUGCAUUUGCAGAUUUUCCUGACCCAGAGGACUUGAUAUGGCAGAAAUUUGGAGCCUUUUCAGUCACUACUAAACCCAGUGUAGAGGCCUACGUCAUGGAGCUCGAGAUGAUGAAAGGUUUGGCCAUUGAUGCGGAUACUAUGAAGGCUGCAAGUCACAUUUAUCUGUAUCUGGCCAACAACAGCAAAGAGAUCUCGGAUGCUCAGCGUCAAGCCUUCGAGCACGCCAAGACGGUCUAUCAUCCAGUCCAUGGUUGGCUCACCCCGAACGAAUGCACUUGGAAGGCUCCUGCCUGCCUUGAGAACAUCCGACCCCUUGCUGAGUUCUACCCUAAAUGUGGGACUUUCUUUCAAGAGAUACUCCAAAUCCCGGAUGCCGGUAUUCCUGACGUUAUCAGAGAGUUGGGGCGUUUGGGAGGCCUAUCAGCGGACACUCGAAAGGCACAGUCGAUAAAGACAGUGCUCCUCUUCUUGUGCAAGUAUCUCUCAAGUAUGAAGGAUCCUGCAAAAAUGCCUCAGUGCUUCGAGCAAAGAGCACUCCCAUUUUUCAAGGUUUUCCCCAUGCUACCUACCACGCACAACUCAGGAGGUCCAGACAGCGCAACGUUCUUGUCUCUCAAUGAUAGCUGGUUCAUUGCCGACCGCACGGCCUUACGGACCGCUUUUGAGGGGAAAGUUUCCCUCCUGGAUUUCGACGUCAAAGAUAUUGACAAGAUCAUGCCAUUGGUAGCAUGGCGUCACCUCUCUCCUCGACUCCUCAGCAAUGCGGUAGAAGAGCAUAUCACUUACGUGAGCGCGCCGAUAGCCCAUCCACUUUGGUCCGAAAACAUACAGAAGAAAGCAAAGUACAUUGCGCUCCUCGGGACCAAAGCGACGCCGACGAUUCCUACCUUCAAGGUUUCGCUAGCCUUGGGCAUUUCAGUGCAAAGAGCAAUCGGCGAAAUAGUGGGCGAGUCUCGCAAAGGGCACAUUUCUAUCACGGAAGAGAAAGAUGUCAUUCAUAUCGUCGUCUUGCAGAACCCUUUCAAGGAUACCAAUCGACGGGUCGACAUGGAGCUCGCUGACUUAUUUAGCCGGCUAUUUGCAAUCCAGAACGUCGAGCGCGGCCUUCUCAUCUCACACAUCCUCAAAGGCAGCUUUGCCGACGUGCGAGACAUGUUGGAAGGAGUCAACAUUCGUGUUCUCUUCGACGACGACCUCGACGUCCCCACCGGCGUGUACAGCUCAAUGACCAACUCGACGGAAGAUCCCACCGUCGCUUACAGAGAGCUGACCAGUGCAGUCGGGAUGGGGGAUGUUGCCAGGCAGUCAACUCCCACAAUGUCCUACGCUCAGGCCUAUGAUAGAAGUUUUGGGGACGAUGAUUCAGACUAUGAUCCCCAAUCUUACAGGUUCGAGGAAGUUGGAUUUGCGGCAGAAGAUUUUGUCAAUUGCUACUUUUCCAAGGAAAUACCCGACUGGGAGCCCGAGAAGCAUUGGACAAGCCAUCUUCGGAAGAGAUGUGGUUACUCGGACUUCCUUGGUGAUGAGUCGGUCACAGCUGAUUUCACGUACACGGACAGAGGAGGAUACAUGCUCCCGCUACUUCAUAACGUGGGCAUCGUCGAGGAGACCUGGUUUCGCCGAACCAUCACGUAUCACAUGGAAGUGAAGGGAACGGUUCGCGGACUCGAGGAGCCUUUCCACCUGAGCCAGAAGCAGAUGAAUCUGACUCAAAAGUAUCGCUUGGACAAGAGCAAGAUACCGACGGAUGUCUUCAUCGUCGUGCGGGUCUACGAAAUUGAGGGUGAGAAGCCAAGCUUUCGUUUCUACCUCGACCCGUGGGCCAAGAUAUUCAAUGGAGAGUUGGUCCUGACAUCGGAUCAUGGAUACUGUGUCGCGCCUUCGAGCGUUAGAUGGACUUGA